AUGGCUACAUCGAAUAAGAAUCAAAUCUAUGGUCAAAUUAUAAUAAACAAUAAUGAACCAAAUUUUAAUGGAGAUGAAAUUCUUUAUAUUUCUAUUCGAGAUUCUCUUCGACAUGAAAUCGAUUGUAUUGAAUUAGGUUCAAAAGUUAUACAUUUAUCUAAAGGACAAUCGAUGCCUAUUAAAUUUCAAUGUUUAUAUGAUCCAACUAAAGCUUGUAUGAAAUUUGAAGAAAUUAAAACAAUUCCAGGUGGAAUAACUCUAGCAGCAACAAUAGAACGAAAUGAAACAAUCUUAUAUAUCAAUAAUACAAAUAUUUCAUUGGGUGAAAAUAUUAAUAUUCCAUUAGUAAAAAAUGACUAA